AUGAACCAGGAGGGCGAACUGCUGGCGGAGGUGCCGGCGCGGUUCAUCCUGCACAGCCGGAACGAGCGCGUGUGCCACGCCGCCGACCUGCGCAAGGCGCUGGCCGCCCAUCCGCGCGUGGCGUCGCACCGCCACAUGCUGGCCGCCGUCCUCUGGCUCCUCGAAUCCGUCAACUGCGCCCAGUCCUUCUGGCAGCCUUACCUCUCGGAGCUGCCGGACGCUGUGGCGACGGUGGAUCGGUGGAAUCAGGAGGAGCUCGCCGAGGUGGGCCACACGCUGAUGCUCUACGAGAUGGUCGAGUACAAGAAGAAGAAGAUCGCCGCCGACUACGCCGCCAUCCUCCUCCCCUUCCUGCAGGAGAACACGCAACUCUUUGGCGGGUCGAUUCCGUCGGAGGAGGAGUACCGGCGCGCCCUCUCCCUGGUCUACUCGCGCACGUUCGACUUCUCAGAGCUCAUUGGGGAGCACGUGUUCAUCCCCUUCGUGGAUUUCCUCAAUCAUUCGAUCAACGACACGGGCAAGGCGGCGUGCACGUACAGCUACAACCACGACAAGGACUGCUUCGAACUCCUGGCCGGCGCUGACUACGACGAAGGAGAAGAAGUGUUCAUCUCCUACGGAGAAAAGACGAGCUCGCAGCUGCUGGCCUCGUACGGCUUCAUGUACGAAAACAAUGCCGAGGACACGGUCGAUAUUACUGCCUCCCUCUUCUCGCUCUCGCCUCCGCAUUCGACUUCGACUUCGACUUCGACUUCAUCUUCGUCAUCGUCGACGCGUCGCUCUCCGCCGUCGCUGAAGCAGUUGACGCUGGAGGACCUCUUCUUUUCGCUCAAGACGGACCAACACACCGGCCAGCCGUUCCUGCACGCGUCGCUCCUCAACUUCAUCCGCAUCCAACACCUGUCCACCGAGCAAAAGGCCUGUUUCCUCACUCAGGACCUAGGCCAGCGGCAUGACCUGGUACGAAGCCACAUCAUCUUCGACGACCAGAACGAGGCCGAGACGAACCGCUUCCUUCUGUCGGCGCUCGAGCGCAUGCUCAAAGCCUUUCCGACCACCAUCGAGGAGGACGAGCACCUGCUGGCGACGUGUGAGGAUCUGACGAGCGGCAAGCGGUGGGCCAUCCGGUACCGCAAGGAGGAGAAGCGGCUGUUACGCGACUACAUCCGUGCCUACCGGCGAUACGUCGGCAUGGACUCAUGA